AUGAGUUCUCUGCAAUUUGUGAAUCCCAGGGUGAGGGGGAUCAGAGGGUCUCCACACAGUGGACUGCAGAGUCUGGCUGAACGCAUCACACAAGAGAUCACACAGGGGGUGCAGAAACCUUUCAAAGAGGUGAUAGAUGUCAGCUCAGGUGAUCCCCACAAAGCAGGAAUGAAACCCAUCUCAUUUGUUCGCCAGGUCUUGGCAGUAUGUCUGCACCCUCAGCUGCUGAAAAAUGAAACCCUUCCUCUGGAUGUCAGGCUGAGGGCCCAGAGGCUCCUGGAGGUCUGCGAUGGAGGAAGUGUGGGUUCCUAUACAGCCUCCUCUGGCAUGCCUCAUGUCAAGCAAAGCAUCGCUGAGUUCAUCACGAGACGAGACGCUGGAGUGCCUUCACACGCUGAAGACAUCUUUAUCUCUGCUGGUUCUCAAAGGGCCCUGAUGGUGGUUGUAAAGCUGCUGGCCAGUGGGGAGGGGAAGACUCAGACAGGCGUGUUGACCCCGAGGCCCUGCCCACACACCCUGCCCCCGCUGCUGGAUGAGGCCGGGGUGACACUGGUGCCGUACCAGCUGAUGGAGGACCGAGGCUGGGCUGUAGACUUGGACGAGCUGCACCGAGCUUUGAAGACCGCUAGGGGGCGCUGUGAGCCCAGAGCCAUUUACAUCAGCAACCCAGGAAACCCCACAGGUCAUGUGCAGGACGGGAAAUCAAUAGAGGAAGUGAUUCGGUUUGCAGCAGCGGAGAGGCUCCUACUGUUGGUUGAUGAGGUGUACCAGGACAGCGUGUAUGGACAGGAGAAGGAGUUUAUUUCCUAUAAGAGAGUUCUGUUUGAGAUGGACAAAGAGUACUCAGAGACAGUGCAGUUUGUCUCCUUCCACUCUAUAUCCAGCGCCUGCAUGGGAGAGUGCGGUCUGAGGGCAGGAUACAUGGAGCAGGUCAACAUGGACCCAGAGGUGAUGCAUUUUGUUGAUACUAUGCUGUGUACUGAUAUUAGUACUCCAGUCACAGGACAGCUUGCUCUGGAGCUCAUGGUCAACCCACCUAAACCUGGAGACCCAUCCUAUGACACAUACACACAGGAGAUUCUCCUCACUCUGGCCACUUUGUCCCAGAAUGCUCAGCGGGUUCAGGAGAUUCUGAAUGAUCUACCAGGCAUGAGUUGCCAGCCAGCAAUGGGGGGAAUAUACCUUUAUCCCUGCCUGCAUUUACCAUCUGAGAUUAUAGAGAAGGCCAAGAAAUUGGAGGUGGAGGCAGAUGUUCUGUACUGUCAGAUGUUACUAGAGGAAGAAGGCGUGUUCUUAGGAGCAGGAUGUCAGUAUGAUGGAACAACUGGAAACCACCAUCUGAGGUUAAGUAUCCUUGUUCCUCCUGACACCCUGGAGGAGGUCUUGGAUCGCCUUGGCUCCUUUCACCUUCGCUUUGUACGGGACAAACUUCCUCACCCUGACGGAGGUGUGAAGGACAGAGACAUGGGUGAAAAUUUCAGGUCCUUUUCGACCGCAGGAAUUUUCCCUAUGAAUUAACCUUUUAAGGGACCUCAUUCUAUCUUGUGAAGGGCUCAUUCCAUGGGUCUGAAUCUUGUUUCAAAUGCAGAUCUCCUUUAAAAACAACACUUAAAGCUACACUAGAGAACUUUUCCCGCUUCGGUACCCCUACAGGUUGGAAGCA